UCAAUCCUUCAAAAAGCGUGCAUUUUACGCCUUAAUUAUUAUAACGACUGGUUGGCUCCUUUUUUCUUUGAGACAAGACACGAGCUUGAAUCCCAAAUUAAAAGCGCACAAAUUCCUGGAGAAUGUUUUUUCCAAUUUGGUGAAAGUUAACAGUACUAUCUGUUCUUCGAAUACAGACAAUGGUGGCAAGAAACGUCAGAACGAUUCUUCAAUGGAGUCAUCGAGAUUGCUGCUUCAGCAGAUUCCGUCUGCAUUUCGAAAAUUUAUACCAGAAAAUAUCACUGACGUUUCAGAAUAUGUAAAGGUCCCAGCAGCAGAUUUAACAGACUUUGGCGAUUUCCGAUCUUUUAGAACACCAAARUCCCUCGCCGAUAUCAUGGAAAUGUGCAAUGAUCUCAAUGCUUCAUGCAAAGCAUUUGUCUUUGAUGCGAGAGAAACGGAGUCAUUAGUAUACAUCAAAAAUAUGCUCGCAUUACCAUCCACUUCCUCCUCUAAAAAUAAUCUUUACAUUAAGAAGACCUAUCUGGAGUCAUUUUUACAAGUUCUUUCAUUUAGAUCAAAAUGUUCAUUGACCAACCUGACUGGCGCAGAUAGGAACACCUGUCAACUUCCAAAAAUUGAUCCAUGGGCGAAAGAAAUUGAAGUCUUGCUCAAAAAACCACAUCCAUCCAAAAAAUGUAACGAUAAAUUGGUUUAUACAGAGCUGAAAAAUGGGAUGCUACGACUCCGAGAUGACAGGAAAAAUGAUUCAAAUUUUCUUUACGCAUUGGCUGAGCCUAUCAUAAGAGGCCAUCGUGACAACGAUAUCWCAUUGGGUCCUCCGAGAAAUGUUAAUUUACAGAACCAAAGCUUCAAGAUUGAUAGCGAUUUUUGGAAAGUCACUACUUACCUCAAAGAUAAGAAGAACAUCAAUUAUCAUCUAACCGUAAUCGAAAAACCUGAAGUUCUAAAGCGCAAGUUACCUAAAGAUGCCCUUCUGGACAUAUAUAUCCUUGCAUUUGAUGGGACAUCGGAGGCUCACUUUCGGCGCAUGCUCCCUAAAUCCUAUGCAUUUCUUAAAGAUGAUUUAAAGGGGUUUAUGUUUAAGGGUUUUGCUACUGCUGGAGAUAACACACUGCCAAAUAUGAACGCAAUGCUGACGGGAAUCCCUCUUAAAGAAAACAGGAAAAUACAGGCUUUGAAUGACUGGCCAUUGAUGUAUAAAUAUGUCAGAGAGAAAGGAUUUGCCACAAUGUUCAGUGAAGAUAAUCCCGGCCUAGGUGCAUUCAUUUUAACAUUACCAGGAUUUUUCGAACAACCAACAGACCAUUAUGCACGGCCAUUCUGGAGAGAAGCUCCCAUGGGRCCUUGCAUAGGUGGRCAGUUUCAACCGAAACUUCAAUUUGAUUAUCUUAAAAGCUUUAUGAAGUCGUACAAAGGACGAAGAAAGUUUGCACAUGUUCAUCUAACGGACGUCUGCCACAGAGGUGGCGACAUGAAUUUUAUUAGCAUCGCUGAGGAAGCUUUGCUCUCGUUUCUUAAAUCUUUAAAAGAAGAGAAAUUAUUGAAUCAGAGCAUGUUUCUGGUUAUGGGUGACCAUGGCUGGCGGUACGGCCAGUUUAGAAGAACUUACCAAGGAAAACUAGAGCAACGUCUUCCCAUGUUGUCUGURGUUCUACCACAAUGGUUUCAGCAGAAAUAUCCGAGGAGAACUGCUAAUUUUAGAAAAAGUACUAAACUUAUUACCUCUCCGUUUGAUCUCCAUGCAACGUUUAUGCAUCUUAUGGAAUUCCCACACUAUUCUUCCAAAGGUGAUGAGCAAGGCUCAAGCCUGUUUGASAUUCUUCCAGACGACAGAAUUUGCUCAGACGCAGGGAUCCCAGAUUUAUGGUGUCCAUGUAUAGAGUGGCAUCAGAUUGACCACACGCAUGCGCAAAUAAAGACCGCCGCUGAAAAGAUAGUCGAUUGGAUGAAUCGAGAUUUAGAUAGAAAUCAUCUUUCAAGAGAAAUGUGUAGUAAGAUGAAGUUAAACAAAGUAGUGAAAGCAUUGCAGCGAGUACCUAAAUACACGGAAACAAAUAAUGACAAAAAAAUGGAAAGAUGUAGCUAUGAAAUUCAACUAGAAACUCUACCCGGGAAMGCUCUUUUUGAAGUGCCCGUGGAUGUUUUGAGUACUGGAGAAUAUAAGGUUUAUGAAAUUAGUAGAAUAAACGCGUACGGGACACAAGCACAGUGUAUUGAGACAAUAGUACCAUCUGUACGAAAAUAUUGCUAUUGUAUAUGAUAAUAGAUAAUGGUUAGAAGGUUAGAUUGAUACCUACUUUAUUGGAAAAUAAAUCUGCAGCCCCACCGGCGGUUGAAUUGCCUGUAUUUACACUGGAAAAA